UCUCUACUUUACUGUCUAGGUAUAGUUUACAUCGAGCAUUCACCGACAUUAAAAGAUCUUUGUAAGUCAAAGUAACAAAUCACACAGAAUAGAUCGAGGGACGCUGAUCGACCAGAUGCCUCAAUAUUAGAGGAUAGAAGAGAGAAAGUAAUAAGGUUGCACGUUAGGAACCUUUAAACCAAAUAAGUCUCUGGAUUCGAAACCCAACAACGUCACAACUACUUGAACGAAUCUACUAGCACAAAUCGAUAGUCAGUUUUAAGUACUGUUCAACUCUCUAGCGAGAGAAACCAUGAAAUCGGUUUUUGUGGCUGUGAACAUGAAAUCAAGCCUGGGUUUUGAUGGCCCAUAGGGUUUCACACAGCCACUCAAAAUCAGGAACCAAGGGAUUGAUACUAAACGAUACAGGUAGGACAGAGCAUAUGUAUCUAUCUAUGUGAAACAAGUUGAUUAAAUGUUUUCAAGAAUAUGAGAUAUGUGGACUAGCUCCAUUGUAAGCCACGAGAGAGAAAAGAACAGACCAUGUGAGAUACAAACAACAAAAAAUUUGGCCUAUGUUAUUCUUGUUUGUGGUGCAUCAUGCAUUGGACAGCAAUGUAAGCAAUUAUAUAUAUAUAUUAAUUGUUGUUGUAGAUAACAUUUGGAUAAUUAGUUAUUUGGAUUGGAUUUGGCAAAUCCGCAAUUAAGAUUUAACAAGUCUUAAAUAUUACCUAAUGAUGUGUUAGUGUAUAAUUAGUAUCGAUGCAUUAUAAGUAUUGUCGAUGGUUAUUAGCUUGUGGAUGGUUAUUAGCUUGCAUCUAGAGCUUGAGAGUUGCAUCUAGAGCUGUCAAUUUGGUUUGGUUUGGUUAACCAAACCAUUAACUAUGAUUGUCAGGUCAUCAUCAACAUCUUGCUAGGACGAAGUAGAUCCUGGCCUUUGGCAAGUUAUGGCAUGAUUUCAUUCUAUGAAGCAGAUCCUUGCGCUUAAUGCCCGCAUUACUGUGGCUUUUAGUCAUCGUAGAUACAACAAAUGUGCUGACUGGGUUGCUAAAGAAGCUAGGAUUGGAUCUCUCCCUCCAGAGUGGAUUCAGAUUCUGGACUUGAUCUCACCUCUGUUGUAAUAGGCCGAGCUUGUACCUCAAUCGUUAUGGAAUGAAAUCUACCAAUUGUAAAAAAAAACCCAUUAACUAUGAAAAACCAAAAACCAAAUCCGCAAGAACCAAAAUCAAAACCAUUAAUGCCCUUAUUGGUUUUCGGAUAAAUUCAAAUAUACCUUCUUUGAUAAAAAAAACAUGGUGCAUUGCAUUUCUCCCUGUAGCAUGUAAAUCGGUUUGUUGAUUACGAUUGUGUCGUCGUUUCUAUAUCCGAUCUCAUCACAAUCUAAUAAUUGAAUCAUGAUAUCUACCAAUUAUUAUGACAAGGGCUUUAAUUUUUUCCACACUAUACAUUAUAAAAUAAAAACUCUACACAAUUCAUACUUGUACACACGUUGAUUAGGAUUCAUUGACCAUUAUUUGUUUUUCGUUUUUUGUUUUCGUAACGAAUCAUAUGUUGAGAUACAUGAAAUGGUUGAAAGUUUCAAUUCAUACAUACAAAAUUAUGGUGUGGCAACAUCAUAAACUGUAGAAUAGACGGCCGAUUAGGUUGGCAAAUUUAAUUAAAUUUCUAUUGAAUAAUGAAAAACAAAAUCACUGGGUAAUAAAUAAUAAAUAUAAUAAAAGCUAGCUAGCAAUUUUCUUGUUGCAGUUGCCCAUUCCUUUCUCCGUCCACGAGAAGGAUUCGUCGUUUGGGACACCUUCCAUCCAUAAAGUCAUAAACAAUACAACACACAAACCCUAAACGCCGGAGGGCAGCUGGCCGAGUGUUCACAUUUUUUCCACAAACAAACAUAAAGCUUGACCUGAAAGUCGAUGAAGCGUAGUGCGAUCGAGAAUCUAACCGAUUUAAACGUGUAGAUAAAUAACCGUUAAGUGAUGUAUUUUUCUCAUCUACGAGGUGUUUUUCUUAUCAUAACUUAUAAGAGUUUCGUAGGUAUUUGAAAGCUUCUCACCAAUUCAUCUUCACACGUUUAUCGUUAGGAAUCUAGUGAUAAAAGUUAAGAAUGUUCAUCAACACUUGCCCUAAUACGAAAUCUCGAAUCGAAUCGAUAAUAAUAAGUUAAGACUUAAUCUCGAAAUUGGAUCCAACCAAUCCAAAGCCCAUCUAUAGCAGAAAAUAAAAAUAAAUGGACCGGGGAUGGGCCCAUAUAAUAUUGUAUGGCGUGGAGACACUUUCCGUUCUCAAGGCGGUCCAGGUUUUCAGUUUGCCGCACGUGGUGGGGCCCAGCCACCGCAGCUCCUGCCGCCGUCGGUCGAGUGUGCUCUCUUCCGUCCACUCACGGCACCCGUCUCCGUCCAAAAUAGACUGAGACGGAACUGUCAACUGAGACGGCCUUUUUUUCUUCAUUUUAUAUUUUCCUCUACUUAAUUAAUUAAUUAAUUGUGUCCCUUCCCUCUCCCAAUCAUCGGCAGCCACCGCCAGCUGUCUUUCCGGCACCCCGCCGCAACCGACGCCGUCAUCCAUCCAUACACCCGUCGCCGUUGCAAUACAUGCUAUAUCCACAAAUGAAUCACAAAGUUUGACACAAGCUCUCGCGCUUUAUGGAGCAUGGAAUGCGUCAUUAUAGUUCCGAGUUACGCUAACUGCAAACAACGCUACAAACACAAAAAUUGGUGGACUCGGUACAUGCUCAUGCUUGCUUGCUACAUUGUGUGUGCAAGUAUUACCUAAGACAUUGUGCUCGCGUAGCUUUUCUCGCCUCACACUGAGACAUUUGCGUCGUGUGAUUUUACUACUUGCCAUUAUUUUUUGAUGUAAGAAUGUCACAAUAAGCUAUGAUUUUAUGAAUAAAAUGUAUGUAUCGUCAUGACAGUUGUGAAGGAUCAAAAGUAAAUGGAUGUUAGGUACAAUAUUCCCACCACAUUAUACACUUGUUGUGAGAGGAGGGGUAGGACUAGUUGGUAGGUAUCAUUGGAUAACUUUUCUUAAUACAAGCUACAAAAACUGAUGAACGGUUUAAUCCAUUAACGUAUAUACGAUGCUUGAAUUUAGAAGGUCAUACAUAAUCUAAUGUGUUUGUUGAGACACUUGAUUGAUACGAAAGCCAAGUCCUCCCACAUUCACCUUGAUCAAAUCUAGCUAAACAAAUAACUAGGGUUUAUAAGAAGAAGUUCUACAAUAACAAGGCUCAAAAUGUAAAUUGACACAAACAUAAACCCUAGAAAACAAAUCCAACCUCGCUACCAAUAAUUUUAUAACUAUUUGUUUGAUAUGACCAAUAAUUUUAUAACUAACUACCACCAAUGUAUUAUAUUUCUUGAAAACAAACCCGUAAUUAUUAUAAAAAAACCCAAUAAUUACCAUUACCAUAAUUUGGUAUCUUUCUAGAUUUUAAUAAUAUUAUUUUAAUUUCCCCCUCUAAAAAAAAAUUGGUUGGCGGAUCUCAUGAUUGGAUGCCAGCUUUAUAAGCACCAUUCCCUUCUCCUCUCACAGCACAACUCCACAAACAUAAAGCCUGCACCUUUUUCCGGGAAAGAACCAAACCCAGUUGAGAACACGGAGAGAAAUCAGCAGAAACCCCAAAAAAUGGGAAGAAUCCCUCGCCAGAUCAUCAAUGGAGGAGAAUCGAAUUCUCUCUCCUUUAGGGUUUCCACCGAAGCCCAGAAGAUCAAUCAGAGCUUUGCGGACGACGAUUGUUCUCCUCACGCCGCCGACUCGUUCUACCCCGAGACUCAGCAGAUAUGGGAGAAGCUCCAGAGAUCAAGUGGCGACGGGAGGAGCAACAUCGACCGAAGUUUGUCGAGGAGCAGGACGAAGAAGAAGAACCAGGUCCUGCUCGAAGGGUAUGUCGAUUUAAGCAGAACCAGCAGCAGUGGUGCCACCGAUGAUGAUUUGAAGAGGGCAAAGAGCUUGACGGACGACGAUCUCGAUGAGCUGAAAGGGUGUUUGGAUCUUGGAUUCGGUGGGUUUAGCUACGACGAGAUCCCCGAGCUUUGCAAUACGUUGCCGGCUCUCGAGCUUUGUUACUCCAUGAGCCAGAAGUUUCUUGAUGAUACUGCGCAUAAAUCUUCUUCUCCUGCCGAGGGAAUGGAUUCUUCUUCUGACGGAGUUGCUGCUUCGGAUCAGGCUGCGUCUAGUCCUAUUGCUAACUGGAAGAUCUCCAGUCCUGGUGAUCAUCCGGAAGAUGUGAAAGCAAGGUUGAAAUAUUGGGCACAGGCUGUUGCUUGUACUGUCAGAUUAUGCAGCUGAUGGGUUUUGCUCAAGGCAGAAGAUUGUAUGCAAUGUGUGGGAAAGGGAAUCAGGGAAAUAGGCUGUGGAAGGCGAUGGAUAGCUUGGAAAGUCGGGAGCUUUUGCUGGACUGAUUCACUCCAGCUUAAGUUCUUGCAGGAAACUGGUGAUCCUGCACUUUCUUAUGCUGAUGUGGAGCAGCCUGAAUGAUAUCUAAUGAUGGCCUUCACGAAGAGGAAGGAGGGAGAGGGAAGGGUAUGUUUCAGGUUUUGGAUUAACUCAACCACAUGCGAAAUGAUUCUUGACUUGAACUCGGUGGAAGCUAAGAUAGAUAUUUAUAUAUAUUCUUACUGUGACUGUUGUACUCAGUACAUUACUGGAGAAUAAUGAAUAAAUCUUUUUGAUGGUUAAUUUGGUUCGAUGGAUUGAUUCUCUACUAGUAUCCAGUCUGAGCUGCUGCUUAUUUAUAUGCAGUGGUGAGACUUGCAACAUUAGAGCCUCCCCCAACUACUGACUGACUUUCUGUAACUCUGCUGAGGUAACUUGUCUAACUGGGUUCACUCUAUGAUUUGGUUUCGAUUAUCAUAGGUGGGUGAUUGAUGCAAAUUUUUGCUCAUCGAUUCUAACAUUACUUUGUCGAGUGGCCAUUGUGGCCAGAGCUACAUGAGGAGCAAUUCUCACUAAAGUGGGAGAGUUGUUAACUUGAAGUUUAAGUCCUGUUUGUCUCAUUGAUUAUGGGAUUGUUACUUACUACUGUUUCUAACAUGGUGAUCCAUCGGAUUGGAUAGACCAACCAUACAACUCCGAUGGAUGGAUGGCAGGGAAGAAGUCCUGCAACUGAUAUUCUCUUUGCUGUUUGUUUUGGGUUUCAGUUUUCAUAGAUGGAUGAUUCCUUUUAGUUUCUUCGCUCUCUUUGAUUUCUAACAUCACUGUUACUUUUCUAGCAGCAUUAACUGACUAACGACUUCUGCAGUAGAUGUAAACGUUUGCCCAUUUGGCUGAUAGAGCUGAUGGAUGGGUGGAUGAUGUGAAGGAAGUUGCUGGAACUACAUGCAUCCGAGCUCUCUGAGCUUUUCUUCCUCUAUCACGCCUUGCGAGUUUUGAAUGUUUAAAGUUUGGAUUCCAGAGUUCAAGCGUGGAGCGAUUCAUCCAUUGCUCUGGAAUCUACCAACUCACUGCCGCAGUUUCUUCCAUCAGUUAAGAACUGUUUAAUGGCAAUCCAAGCUGGUUUAGAUGGGUAGAUUCAACUUAUCAAUGAUUAAGUUAAGUUUUGCACAGAGAAGCAACUCUGGUAGAAGUUAGGUAUUUGAUAUGGUCACAUUGAAUAAUUGCAGACACCUGUUGUACUUAACGUUAGCUUGCUUGAGGAACAUGAUAAGCUGUUCCUUGAACUCUUCUUCUUCCUUGCAGAUGUUAUGAGGAGCUCUUGUGUGGCUAUUUAUAUGAUCUGUAUAUAAGUUUCAGACAUGCUCUGCAAUUGGGGAAAUUCAAUUUGAAUACUUGCAAUGAAAUGUGAUCCAUGAUUUGAUAUGGCUGAGUUGGAGUUGGGUUAUCCUUAUCUAGUAAGAUGGAUGCCAUGAAAUUGAAAAUGACACGGGAAGUGUUCUUGACGUUAAGCAAAUCUAUAUCUCCCCACCACUUGAUAAUUUUCCUUGUCCCUCAUCACAAGUUGGAAAAUCGAAUCCACUUAUAUAAGUAACUUGAUUGAUUAGUCAUAUGAAUGUGUGGCUGGCUACUCAUAUGCAUUGGAGGUUUGCCAGGUCAACCUCAAUCUCCAGCACUAGCUGAGAAAGAUAUUGGCAACUAUCCGAAUAUGCCCUCUGACAGGUAAAAGCAAAAGAUGCUGCUUGUAUUAGCAUGCCAACGCAUAACAGAGGGAAUAAAACAUCUAAAUUCAG